AUGAUAACAAUAACUGUUCCUGUUUCCCGUCAAAUGAAGCAUAGUGUAAGAAGACAAACUGACUUAAAUGAUAAUGGUAACAGUCCUUCAACUCAAUACCAAGGUAAUGUUCCUGUUGAUGGAAAUAGACUUGUAAAAGAAGCCCCA